CUGUGUUUCUGGCUUCUUUGAGUUGCAAGUGAGAGGGUCAGAUCUGAUCAUGAAGCGGCAAAUAUUCUUGUAUCUCAUCGUCUUUUGCAUUCUUCUGAUUUGCUCCCAAACAUAUGGGAGUGAAAGUCUGGGAAGAGGCUUUGGAGAUCACAUUCAUUGGAGAACACUGGAUGAUGGAAAAAAAGAAGCAGAAGCCAGUGGCUUACCAUUGAUGUUGAUUAUACACAAAAGCUGGUGUGGUGCAUGUAAAGCGCUGAAACCAAAGUUUGCUGAUUCUAAGGAAAUCUCAGAAAUGGCUCAUAACUUUGUCAUGGUGAAUAUAGAGGAUGAGGAGGAGCCAAGUGAUUCAGUCUUUAGGCCAGAUGGAGACUACAUACCUAGGAUCCUAUUCUUGGAUCCCAGUGGUGAAGUUCAUCCAGAGAUCAUUAAUCAAAAUGGAAAUCCCAAAUACAAAUAUUUCUACAGUUCUGCUGACCAAGUGGUGUUUGCCAUGAAAGAAGCCCAAGAAAAGCUGACUGGUGAUAUAGCUACAAAGCAUCGAUAUUCAGAUGAAUUUUAAAUUGACUAAACAUUAGCAUCUUAUAUUUUUGAUGAGACUGCUUUAGAGCCUUGUCUGAAGGCAUUUGCUGAUUCACUCUGUAUUGUUUCACUGUUAAAUUUUGUGUAUUAACUAAUUUUUUUUUAACUUCCUGAAUAAAUCCAGAAAUAUCAUAAAGCACUGUCAUCUUUGGGAAAUCACAUCUGCACUGUUAUUGGAUGGCUUACUAAUGUUAAAUAAAUUGCAUUAUUUUAAAAGGCGUUAAUUUCUGUCUCUGGUUCCCCUAUUGGGCAACUAUUUUUAGCCACUCAGGUACCCAUUUAUAUUUCACAUUUGUCUGUAAAUUGUCACUCCAAUCAGUCAUGAAAUGGAUGCUCCAUGUGGUUUGCAGAGUUAGGUGACAUUCUGAAUAAUUUGUUAAGUGGAACAAUUUUAUUUGAGCAACACACAAAUGAUUGGUACUCAAAAAUAAUCAAUGUGUAGUACAAAAAAAAAUGCUUGAUAGAAUAUUUGUUAGAGGGUAUCAUGUAUUUGUUAUGGAUACCUGCUACCUUUCCUCCAGGCUAAAUUGACCUCAACAGAGGUUAUCAAUUUGUUCCUCAACCAACCUAUUUGGGGAAUUUCACUUGAAUAGCUUGAGAAAGGUCGGCGAACAUUUCUCUCCCAUUUCGUGAAAGUGACUUUUGUUCAAACUCACCAUGUGAGAAAUUGAACCUGCAUGUCAGUUGAUACUUAGAUGGUGACUCUGACUUCUGCACCUUAAUGGUUCAUUUAAAAAAUCAUGUGCAAAUGUGAUUUUCAAUUCAAACAUCCAUUCUUGUAGAGCCACAAUGCUUGUAAUUAUGUUAUUGUGUUUUUAAUUUUAAAAACACUUAAUAUUCUGCUUUUUAAAGUCUUCCAUCAGCCUUUUUUUUUAAUGCACUAAAGGAUUUGGCUGUACUGGUGUUGGACCCUUGGUUUUGGCAGCAUAGGGGAAUCCUUUGGUCUAACAUCCCAGCAGAGAAGAAACUUGAUGGAUAACAAUUGGGAGUGUGGUGUUGGAAAAGUACAGCAGGUCAGCAGCAUCUGAGGAGCAGGAGAAUCGACAUUUUGGGCAUAAGCCCUUCAGGAAGGGAUGACAGACAUGACAAGGGGAAGAAAUGAGCAUUGGUGAAUUCUUGAUGUGUGUCAGCAGUGAAGGAAAGGAAGACAUGAGUCCAAUAAUACUGCUCGGACCUUAGUCUCCACUCUGAACAGCGAUGGUUUCUAACUUUCCAACAACACUUUAACUAGGUCAAUUCUUUUACUAAAAUAAAGAAUUUCAGAUUCUAGUAAUUUAUGGAGUUGAGGGAUUAUGUUUUUAAUAUUUUCCUCACUUUAUUUCUUUAUAUCUCUGAAAUUUAAAAUAAUUAUAAAAUCCCUACAGUGUGGAAACUGGCGCAGUGGUUAGCACUGCUGCCUCACAUCACCAAGAUCCCAGGUUCAAUUCCAGCCUUGGGCGACUGUCUGUGUGGAGUUUGCACGUUCUCCCUGUGUCUGCUUGGGUUUCUUCCGGGUGCUCCAGUUUCCUCCCACAGUCCAAAGAUGUACAGGUCAGGUGAAUUGGCCAUGCUAAAUUGCCCAUUGUGUUGGGUGCAUUAGUCAGAGGGAAAUGGGUCUGGGUGGGUUACUCUUCGGAGGGUCGGUGAGGACGGGUUGGGCCAAAGGGCAUGUUUCCACACUGUAAGCUAUCUAUCUAUCUAUCGAAGUCAUUCAGCCCAUUCUGACCCUCUAUAAGAGCAUGGCACCCAGACACAUCCCAUAGCCAAUCCACCUAAUCUGCACAUCUUUGGACUGUGAGAGGAAACCACGCAGACAUGGGGAAAAUGGGUGACUGUCUGUGUGGAAUUAGUACAAGUCUGGGAUCGAACCCGGGUCCCUGGUGCUGUUAGGUACAGUGCUAACCACUGAGCCAUGAUUUUUCCAUAGGAGUUGUGUUGAUGUAUUCUGGCAACGAGAAGAAUUCCGAAUAUCAGUACCUGAAUUUAUCCAGUGGUGUGGGAAUUCUGAAUAGCUGUGAAUUUCUAUGAAAGUGACGAGCUGGGAUUUUUGACAACAAAUAUUGAUUCAAACCAGAAAUAUUUGUGAUUAUUUUCAUGCUACUUUUGCAUUUUAUGUUUCUUCAUGCAGCUCCAGCUGAUAGUCUGAAAAAGUGUUUUCUGUUUCUUUAGCUAGAAUGAGCUUAUGUUUAAUGGCUAUUUAUAAAGUAGAAAGUUUCAAAAUUUCUAAUAGAAUUUUAGCUUUUCGGAUUCUGUUGUGGGGUCUUAUCCAAGAAUGCCCACAUGUAGCCUGUCAACAGAACCAUGUUGUAUCUGUAUCUGAAGACUUUGGAGAAGAGCUACUAUAAUGAAUUAUAAACAUGGAAUUGAAGUGUAAUCAAGGAAUCAGUAUAAUUUCUGUAUUUAUAAGCUAUUUAAAAUUUUAUGUAUCUUUUGUAUUGUUCUUGAGACAAAUGAGAUCAGAUCAGACAGAUCAAAGCUCUCUUGGCCUAUGUGAAAGGUAAUUCCUUAGCUUUUACUUUAGUGGUACUCUGUAAUGCAGAAAACUAAUUGGAAUUCAACUAAAUGUUUUCUCUAUGUAUUUUUGAUACAUCAUGUGGAAUGGAAAAAAUAUAAAAUUAAAAAAUUUGGGAUAGUUA